UGUUCAGGUGUGCAGGGUUUCCAGAUGACCCACUCUCUGGGAGGAGGCACCGGCUCCGGUAUGGGUACCCUGCUGAUCAAUAAGAUCCGGGAGGAGUACCCUGACCGCAUCAUGAACACCUUCAGCGUCAUGCCCUCACCUAAGGUGUCGGACACGGUGGUGGAGCCUUACAACGCCACGCUGUCCGUCCACCAGCUGGUGGAAAACACGGAUGAGACCUACUGCAUCGACAACGAGGCCCUCUAUGACAUCUGCUUCCGCACUCUGAAGCUCCCCACACCCACCUAUGGAGACCUGAACCAUUUGGUGUCGGCUACCAUGAGCGGCGUGACCACCUCGCUCCGGUUCCCCGGACAGCUCAACGCCGACCUGCGAAAGCUGGCCGUCAACAUGGUGCCAUUCCCGAGGCUCCACUUCUUCAUUCCGGGGUUCGCCCCUCUGACGGCGCGGGGCAGCCAGCAGUACCGCGCCCUGACUGUUCCCGAGCUCACCCAGCAGCUUUUCGACGCAAGGAACAUGAUGGCGGCCUGCGACCCCCGCCACGGGCGCUACCUGACUGUCGCCACGGUCUUCCGUGGACGCAUGUCCAUGAAGGAGGUGGACGAGCAGAUGCUGAAUGUCCAGAACAAGAACAGCAGCUACUUCGUGGAGUGGAUCCCCAACAACGUGAAGGUGGCGGUCUGCGACGUGGCCCCCCGCGGGCUCAAGAUGUCCGCCACAUUUAUCGGGAACAGCACGGCCAUCCAGGAGCUGUUCAGGCGGAUCUCGGAGCAGUUCUCAGCCAUGUUCCGGAGGAAGGCCUUCCUGCACUGGUUCACGGGCGAAGGGAUGGAUGAGAUGGAGUUCAUGGAGGCGGAGAGCAACAUGCACGACCUGGUGUCGGAGUACCAGCAGUACCAGGAGGCCACAGCCGAUGACGAGGAGAACUUUGACGAGGAGGAGGAGGAGGAGGAGCUCGAGUGAAGACCUCCAACACAGGACGUUGGAAUCGUAGCACAGAGGUCCGGUUCUUCUACUUUACCUUUUUGGAGCAUUUUGUUGGGCUGAACUAUUUUCCAAUGAUUCAACUUGUUUUGUUGUGAAAUUUGACGACAUUUGAGGACGUCGACCUUAAAGGAACAACUUCAUGAAGCAGAACCAGUUUCUGUAACGAGGUACCUCAAUGGUCGGUCGUGUUCACGCGACCUGACAGUUAGUUGGUUAAAGGAGUUUUUAUUUUUUGACCCACCAAAUGUCUCGACAUGAAGUUGUUCAAGAUGAACGUUAAACCGAUGGUUUCUGAAGCUAAGCUAACAUUAGCAUUCAGCUUUCUGAAACAAUCAUGCUAACGGUUUGUUUGAAAAAGCUAAAGAAUAAAUUUAACGUUCUAUGCAGCGUUUGACUCGUAACGUGCACUCUGACACGCACGUUCUGUGAACAUCUGAAGUGUUUGUGUUGAACCCAGAGUUUAAAACGAAGAAUGGAGGAACAGUCCUGCGGGGGUUAUCGCCCCCCGCAGGACUGGAGGAGACGUUUCUGUUGCACGUUUCAACCAGAACUUUCUGCGUUUAGUUCUUGGUGUUUUGGUUCAAGUUGUAAAAAAUAAAAAUAAAAAAUGUGU